GACAUGGAGGAACCCUAAAUUGGAGACAGAACGUUCUUGGGCAGAGCAAGAGUGUCUCCUCUGGGCUUUUCCUCCAUAUUGUGUCCAGAGAGAAUUCAAGGGUCAGAGGGCUUUGGCAAGAGCUGUCUCUAGGGUCAACCUGGCCUGGAAGGAAGUCUUCUAUAACCUGACAUUCUCUUCCAGGGCUGUGUCUAGAGUGGGUGAUUAGGGCACAGAUGGACACCCUUCCCAGACCCACCCUCUGGGCUGUCCCAAGUGCUGUGGUCUCUAGGGGAGCUGAUGUGACCCUCAGGUGCCAGGGACAACCGGGAAGAGAGAUGUUCCAGCUGUGGCAGGACGGAGAGCUCAGAGAAGAGAGAAACGCAUCCGGGCACUUGGCAGAGUUCUCGCUCUGGAAUGUGGAGGGCCUGAGAGAUGCCAGAAGCUACAGCUGCCGCUAUGGGCAGGGAGCCUUGUGGUCAGAGCUCAGCGAGCCCCUGGCUGUGGUGGUGACAGGUGAGGGGUGCCAUCCUGGGGGAGGGGCAGACCUGAGAGAGCAGCCCCCAUCCCUCUCUGGAGACUGCCAUGUCCAGACCCAGAGAUUGUUCCCCACUUGGUGA